CUCGUAUAGGCAGGGCAUGUCGUUCAUUAAUAAUCUUAAAAAGGUCUUUCAUUUGGGAAGCGGUGAAGCCAAAAAGAAGCGCCAUGGCAAUAAUAUCAAAAUGGAUACUGACCCUGCCGAAAUAUGGGAGAUUGUCGGCGAACUGGGCGAUGGAGCUUUCGGAAAAGUAUACAAAGCCCAACAUAAGGAGACCAGACAAUUCGCUGCGGCAAAAAUGUGUAUUUUGGAAGCUGUUACCGAUUUAAGUGAUCACAUGGUGGAAAUUGAUAUAUUAUCGGAAAUUAGACACCCAAAUAUAGUCGAAUUGUAUGAAGCAUUUUUUGUUGAACUUAAACUAUGGAUGCUUAUUGAGUAUUGUGAUGGCGGAGCAUUAGAUAGUAUAAUGGUCGAAUUGGAAAAACCAUUGAAUGAACCACAAAUUGCCUAUGUAUGCAAACACAUGACAGAGGGAUUAGACUUUUUGCAUAAGAAUAAAGUUAUUCACCGCGAUCUUAAAGCCGGUAAUGUCCUGUUGACGAUGGAAGGCGGUGUCAAAUUAGCCGAUUUUGGAGUAUCGGCCAAAAAUAAACAUACUCUCCAGAAGCACGACACAUUCAUAGGAACACCAUACUGGAUGGCUCCCGAACUUGUAUUGUGUGAAACUUUUCGUGACAAUCCCUAUGAUCAGAAAGUUGAUAUCUGGUCACUCGGUAUUACCCUCAUUGAGUUAGCUCAAAUGGAACCACCAAAUAGCGAAAUGUCUCCAAUGAGAGUUCUGCUGAAGAUACAGAAAAGCGAUCCACCCCGAUUAGACCAACCAUCCAGGUGGAGUAAAGAAUUUAAUGACUUUUUAAAAAAUGCCCUCGUAAAGGACCCAAAUCAAAGACCGUCAACGGAAAUAUUAUUACAACAUGCGUUUAUUAAUCGCGAUCUAGAUGCCAAACCAAUCAAAGACUUGUUAUUAGAAUAUAGAGCUGAAGUUGUUGAAGAAGUGGUAGAUGACGAAGCAGAGAAGCUAAAACGUCAAGUGAAAAGAAGAUCUCUUUAUCAGAGGGAACCCCGCAACUCAGCGCUCCCACUAGAUUUGGACGAUGAUUCCGCUUCAGUUCAAAGCCAAGACAUUGACAAAAUACAAGGUACCCUUAGAGAUACUAAAGAACCAUCUCAAACUAAUAAUUUACAAACAAACAAACAAGAUGCUGCGGAACAAAAAACAACAGCACAAGCAAGCGAAACAUCAUCAACAACAUCAAGUAAAAUGGCAAACGAAGAUGACAUGGAAUCCAUGGACAAGUCAAAGGAAGUGGGGAACAAGUCACAUCGGCAACCACAAUUACAACAAAUUCCUGAAGAUCUGCCCGUAUCAGAUCCUGAAAAGACAACAACAUCAAGCGUCACAGAUGUGGAUAAAAAGGUUACGAAGAGGGAGAAGGGUAAAGCGCCACCUCCACCGACACCUGCUAUUACAAAACCAAAGGAUACAGCACCACAAGCUAUUGAAGUGGCAGCAAAAUCCAACGAAGCUGAUGAGGAUACAUUAACUUCAGUGCCAAAGAACGUGGAAGAAAGGGAUGAGCAAAGUGAAAAUAGCAACAUAAAUAGUCCAGUUCGCCAGAAGGAUACAGAUACGAUAGCCACACUUUCACCCGAUAUAUCUCCGGCAGUGUCGUCGAGAUCAUCAGCUAAGAGCUUCAGUACUGGUACAGCUAUUGUGAGCGCAAGUACUUCUAUGAUCACUAUAAAUAGCGACGCAUCCUCGUCGUCAUCCCGAUGUCAACCAGAGACGUCAUUGGUUCUGUCGCAAAAUGUUAUCUUACCAAAUAGUUUAGAAGCUGGCACCCGGCAAAUAACCGUAGUAACAAGCACACAUCCACCAGUAGUUAUUGAUAAUUCCAUGAGCCGGCCGGCACCACAGCCACCAACACCAUCCCAACCACAAUCUUCGAGUGAUGUCGUUAUCGUAUCUAAUGUUCAAAAUAAAUCAACACAUAUAAAUGAAUCAUCGACAGACGAUGACUAUCCAUCCAUGGAUGAAAGUAUUGGUGCAUCGUCGCCGCCUCCGCCACAUAAACAGUCAUCAAUGAUAGUCACACUUCACACGGAACAGAGCAGCACUGAAGAAACCGAUAGAGGCUACACUUCUCUUCGUCCGUCGACAACACUUGCCCGCAAACUGGACGAAAGUGAAGUUCUUAUAGUGAGUCCUUCAUUUACCACCGAUGAUGAUUCAGCAUAUAAUACGCCUUCCGAGAGCCAACAUGAUCAUAGCGCAGAUCAGCACAUGAUGGAUACAAGCCACGUAUCAGUGGUUACGGUUGGUGAUGAAAUACGUGUCAAGGAUAGUAGUAAUUUACAAGGAACUGGCAACACUUCGAAUGUGGCCCUUGAUUCAGCAACUGUUGUAAGCGAUAAAAGACAAAAUGGGCAGGUCAAUAGAAGUCAACAAAGUACUUCGUCGCCCGAUGCAGAUGAUAUAAACAUUAUAGUUAACCGAAAUAGAAAUAGACAAGAACAUGUUCCUGCUAUGUCUUCUGGAAUGACACCGACAGAUGGAAGUGAAUCUGGUUCAAUAAAAUCGAGUACUGGCAGUAAUAAUAAAAUUGUCCGUCGUGGAGCAGAGGUCAAAAUAGCUGUAUCAGCUGAUAAAAGUGAUGCAGAAAGCGUUUGCACCACUGCUAGUCAAGACAGUCGCAUUGAAGUCGACGUUGACGCCGCUGAAAGAAAGGACAGAAUAGAAGAUGAUGAUGUUAUUAUUCGACGUAAACCGGGUUAUAAGAGCGGCUAUGGUGUAGCUUCAGGGCUUACAAAAGAGGAAAUUGAACUGAAGAAUCUGAGGAAAAAGACAAGAAAACGAACCAGAAAAUUUGAAAUCGAUGGCGUUCAAGUGACAACCACGACGAGUAGAGUUAUAUAUGGAGACGAUGAAUCGGGACGAAUGUAUGACGAUCACGUUUUCCGCAAGCAAGAGUUGAGGGAAUUGAAAAUGCUGCAAAAACAAGAGAAAAAACAACAAACAGAUCUACAACUAAAGGAGCAACUAAGCAAAGAACAACAAGAUCGUCGUUUCGAACAGGAGCGCGCCUCUCUUGAGAAAACAUAUGAAUCGGAUAUGGACGCUCUGGCUCGCCAACAUAAGCAACUAAUAGAGAAGACAGAACAAGCUCAGGAACAUGAACUACGAACAUCUUCCAAACGGAUUCGAGCUGAGCAAGAAAAAGAACUAAAAAUAUUCCGGGAAAAUCUGAAGCAAGAAAUUCAUUUGCUUAAACAAGAAGUUGACCUCCUGCCAAAAGAUAAGCGAAAAGAUGAAUUCAAACAACGUCGAUCCGCUAUGGAGUUGGAUCAUGAGGAAAAGGAAAGGGCUUUUCUAGAUGCAUUAAAAGAGAGGCACGAGCUACUAUUAAGACGUUUAAGCGAAAAACACCGUGAUCAUCUUGCCACAAUUCACAGAAACUUUUUACAACAAAAGCAAAAUGCCAUGCGCACCAGAGAGGCUCUACUUUGGGAGCUGGAAGAGAAACAAUUGCAUGAACGGCACCAACUUUCGAAACGUCACGUGAAGGAGAUGUGUUUUAUGCAACGUCAUCAAAUGAUUGUUCGACACGAAAAAGAACUGGAUCAAGUGAAGCGUAUGCUGCAACGAAAAGAGGAGGAUUUACUUAAAAAACAAGCAUUAGAAAAGCGUGCACUGCCAAAACGUAUUCGAGCCGAGCGGAAAGCACGUGAACUAAUGUUUAGAGAAUCGCUUCGUAUAUCAUCAAUCAAUCUUGAUCCAGAAGUUGAAAGAGAACGUUUCAAAAAGUUCCAGGAACAGGACAAAAAACGAUAUACACAAGAAGAGAGAAGGUUUGAAAUAAAACAUCAAAAGCAGUUGGAGGAAUUACGAGCUACAAGAGAGAGCACAAUAAGGGAACUGGAGCAGCUACAGAAUGAAAAGCGCAAAGCUCUGGUCGAGCACGAACACGCUAAACUGGCCCAGAUUGAUGACCGUUUAAAGGCGGAAUUGAGGGAAUGGAAAGAUCAGUUGGUGCCACGAAAACAGCGUCUGGAGGAGACAUUUGCUAAGCAAAUGGAAGAAAUGGAAUCUUUAUAUGGAGGAGCACUCAUUGUGUCCGUUCCUUCGGAUACAUUACAACGAGAUCAUUUCACUGGUUCAACACGGAGCAGUCUAUCGUCAUUUUCUGAAGGCUAAGGUUUGGUUACUCCCCACAC